AGAUGGCCUGUUGAAGGAGGCUGCUGUUGUGCUCCUGGAGAGCGGCCCGCCAUUGAGCCUUCGCCAGCUCGUUCAAGGCAGCAGCUCUAUCCGGUCCAUCACGGCCAGGAAGUGCUUCAAGUGCCGCUUCCGUUUCCUGAAUCUCAUCCACCAUCGGGGUAAAUCUACCCAAAUCAGCUUACAGCCUCAAUAGCCACACGGAACUAAGGUUGAAGCAAACAGAGAGUGUCUCUGAGGUAGUGAUAGGUGGUCAGCUUAUACAAGAUGUGCGUUGCAGUCGGCAGAUCCCACAUAAUCUUUACGUCAUGUGAAGUCGAAUACGAGGUGGCCAUUGUUUGCACCAUUUUAUUGGCAAUCCAUUUGUAUUUUAUAGAGAGAAGUUUCACCUAUGGAUUUGUUUUGUUAAAAUAUUCACCACAACAUUUUGGAUCGCAAUACACAAAAAUGUCGACGCUUUCGAGAUUCAUGAAUGGAUUUCUCAACUUUGACCAGGUCGCCCUCGGACGCCUGGUCCUCGAUACCGCCAAUCCGUGCCGUAACUUUUGCAAGACAGGCACGCUCCAGCUGAACGAAGCCGACCGCUCCCGGAACGAGUUUGCCAACGUCUACAGCUUAACCAACGCGCGCUCAUCCUCGAACUUCCAGGUUGCGCUGACAAAGUUGCUUGAUUUCUCUGCCAGAAAAUUUGGCACCUCUGCCGACACAGUUCAGACUGACAAGGCUGUGAGCUAUGAGCUUCUCAACGUCGAUGAUAAACUCGAGACACUCCUCAAGGAUGAGGCUGUUCAGAAGUGGGUGGAGACAUACAAGAAGAAGUCUCGCGUCUACAUGGUUGUCGCGUUGCAUGCGGUUCAAGACAUCUCCGUGUCACUGGACCACGAUACAACUGCAGCGGUCGGCGUCAAGGCGACAGUACCUGUAUCUACCGCAGCUGAAGCCUUUGCCCCAGGUUCAACAACUGUCCUUCCUGGAGAAGCUGCGAUUUCCGAGGCAGUUAAUCCAAAAGUGGCGGUAAGCCAUUUGGGCGAGUUUUCUCGGUCAGCCUCGUUUGCAGCUCCGGGAGAACGCAUAAUCGCCGUCGGCUAUCUGGAAGUCAAGCUUUGGUCGUUCUUUUCCAAUCAAACAGAGGAGAGGCCAAAGCUGGCGAAGAAGGCAGUGUGGAAGUCAUUUGAUGCGUCUAGAGCGGCUGAGGCAGCGGACAUGAUCGAGGCUACUGUUGUGGGAAUAAGUCCGACUGACCUGGGAAAGGGGCCCCAGGUUAUAGCCGAGAGUGCUGCAUUGGCGGGCCAAUUUGUAAUUGUCGAGGGCCAGAUAUGAAAUGCCGUUCAUCUGCUCUCAAAUGCUGUACUUAGCAGUUAUAGUGUACC